AGAAUCGUCGAAUAAAUGGUGGACGUGUUUCUGCCCAACUUCCUCACCCGGGAGUCCUUGAAGCUGAGAAGCCCGCGGGACAUUGACCGCCCACAAGACCAAGAUGUCGCUCACGACUCAUACGAUUCGGAUGAACUGAAGGAUACACAAAUGCAGGAGUUGAAGGACUCUCAGAAAUCAGAAGACUUAAAGUCCCUACAGAAAACAGAGAACCUGGAAGACCAACAGAGGGCAGAAAAUUUGAAAGGGCUGGGGGAUCCAGCGGGGCCACAGACUCUUCAGAACUUAGAGAAUCAAAAACAACAACACAAUCCACAGAAGCUGGAAGAUUCACAGAAUUUGGAGGUCCUACAGAAUGACCCACAGGUACUGGAGGACUCUGAGAAUGCAGAGCAUGACUUGGACCUGGAGGAUACACAACAGGAAAAAAAUCUACAGGAGCAAGAGGACUCACAGGAAGGCCUGGAAGGACCAGGGGUUUCAGAGAAGGAAAUAGAGGAAUCAGAGACCCCGAGGAAGGAACCUGGAGACUCUGAUAUCCCGAAGGAGGUUAUAACAGCCCCGAAGGACAAAGAUUUAGAAGAAUCAGAGGGACCAGACGAACCGGAAGCUUUGGAGGAGGAACUAGAAGAAGCUGUGGUCCUGAAGGAAGAACUAGGAGAACCAGAGACCCAAAAGGAGGUACUAGGAGAAUCGAAUGUGCCGACGGAGGAGCUGGAAGAGCCAGAGACCCCCAAGGAGAACCUAGAAAAAACAGAUGUACCGAAGGAAGAACCAGAAGAACCAGAGACUCUCAAGGAGGACCUAGUAGAACCAGAGACUCCAACAGAAGAACCAGGUGCACCGAAGGUAGAACCAGAGACUCUCAAUAAGGACCUAGUAGAACCAGAGCUUCCAACAGAAGAACCAGAUGUACCAAAGGAAGAACCAGAGGCUCUAAAGGAGAACCUAGAAGAACCAGAGCUUCCAACAGAAGAACCAGAUACUCUCAAGGAGGACUUAGUAGAACCAGAGACUCCAACAGAAGAACCAGAUGUACCGAAGGUAGAACCAGAAGAACCAGAGCUUCCAACAGAAGAACCAGAUGUACCAAAGGAAGAACCAGAGGCUCUAAAGGAGAACCUAGAAGAACCAGAGCUUCCAACAGAAGAACCAGAUACUCUCAAGGAGGACCUAGUAGAACCAGAGACUCCAACAGAAGAACCAGAUGUACCGAAGGUAGAACCAGAAGAACCAGAGACUCUCAAGAAGGACCUAGUAGAACCAGAGCUUCCAACAGAAGAACCAGAUGUACCAAAGGAAGAACCAGAGGCUCUAAAGGAGAACCUGGAAGAACCAGAGCUUCCAACAGAAGAACCAGAUACUCUCAAGGAGGACCUAGUAGAACCAGAGACUCCAACAGAACAACCAGAUGUACCGAAGCAAGAACCAGAGACUCUCAAGGAGGACCUAGAAGAACCAGAGACUCUCAAGCAGGACCUAGAAGAACCAGCAGAGCUAGAGGCUUUCAAGGAAGAACUAAAAGAACCAAAGGCAGAGAAGGAGGACCUUGAAGAACCAGAGACUCCAACAGAAGUACCAGAGGCUCUGAAGGAGGACCUAAAAGAACCAGAGACACCGAAGGAGCCAGUGGCCAUUACAACAUGGAUAUGCCCGGGACUGAACGAGGAAUCAGAGGAUCCUUGGCUCUGGACGGCGUCGUACGAGUCAUAUGUCCAUGCGCUGUUGGCCGACCUGCAGAACAGCAUCACGCCCACUUCCUCCGCGCCCACCACCCCCCAUCCACCCCACAAUGGUGCCGCCCACCCGCCCACCGCCGCCCAUAAUAACAGCUUCAACGGUCAAGAGAUGUACCAUCAGGAGAGGGUGGAGGAGGUGCGGACAGAUCAACGCUCUUCUGGCGGAGGGAAGAAGUCCUCCCUCAACAAUAACCUCUCCGAACUUGACACCUUACUUCAGGACCUUAAUAAUGCACGAUAUACUGGAAACUUCAAAGAACCUGGUGCCGCUACCAACGGUACCGUCAACGGGUCGAGGCCCUCUGUUGACUCCCUCCUGGAUGAACUGAACAGUGUGGAAACCAACGACGAUGUGGUGGAGCACAGGACGGUGCACCAUGAGUUCCGGACGACUCACCAGACGCUGCCUUCGUCGCCACCAGCACAGACCCAGAUCAGUCCUCGACCGCAGCCGCAGAUGCAGCUGCAGUCACAGACGCAAAUGCACCAGCACCAACAGCCGCAGAUGCAGCUGCACUCACAGCCGCAGAUGCAGCCACAGCCGCAGAUGCAGCCACAGCCGCAGAUGCAGCCACAGCCGCAGCCUUCAGCCUCCACGGCCACCAAGGAGCUGGACGACCUGAUGGCCUCCCUAAGCGACUUCAAGAGGAACGACAUGACGGAGAUAGAGAAGCAGGUGAUAUUGACUGGUAUCGUCGCCAGCCACGUAACCUCCUCCUCCAAGUUAGAGGCGUCCUCGGCGAAGCAAGAGAAGACGAUAUCAGUUCCUGGGGCAGCUCCCCCGCCACGGCCCCCAGUCCCCGACGACCAAGACUUGCUGGCUGUUCCUCCGCCCCGGCCCCCGGUGCCCCGGGCCUACUCGAACUCCCCACUGCCCCCAGAGGCCUACAUCUACGGGUCUGCCCUGGUGUCUUCGGUGCCAGCGUCGGUGUACGGCACCCCGCGGGUAGGUGGCGGCCUUCUCGUCCAUCACACCCACGUAGUCAACAGCCCCGCCGAUGACCCCUUCAACCGCCCUCCCUCAGGAGGUCCUGUCAAACGUAACGACGCUGAAUACCGUUGGGUGACUGACGCCACCAAGUACGAGGUCAGGGAGGUGAUAGAGUUUCCCUGUGUCACAGAGAGAAAGCAGGAGAAGCUUCGCAGCCCAGCGCUUGUCCGCAAACUGAUCAACGCCAGCAGCCUACAAACGCAGGUAGACUCUGCCUACGCCAAACCCCAGAAGCCGGCCAAGAGCCCUUCACCCCCAGCACCAGCUCCAACAUUAACAUCGGCACCAGCACCCGCAUCAGUGUUCACGCCACCCAAGGAGCCCACGCCGACACCCACGCCCAAGGAGCCCACGCCCUCGCCCACACCGCCCCCGGUGAACCAGCUUGAUUGUAUGCUAGGUUCCCUGGCCUCCCACAUGACGGAGCAGGGCAUCACCACCACGCAGAAGGGCUGCUGCUGCGCCUGCGACAAACCCAUCGUCGGCCAGGUGAUCACGGCCCUGGGCAAGACGUGGCACCCGGAGCACUUCACCUGCUCCCACUGUAACCAGGAGUUGGGUACCCGCAACUUCUUCGAGCGUGACGGCAAGCCUUACUGUGAGCCUGACUACCACAACCUCUUCUCUCCGCGCUGUGCCUACUGCAACGGCCCCAUCCUUGACAAAUGCGUGACGGCGCUGGACAAGACGUGGCACCCAGACCACUUCUUCUGCACCCAAUGCGGAAACACCUUCGGCGAGGAUGGCUUCCACGAGAAGGAUGGCAAACCUUACUGCCGCGACGACUACUUCAACAUGUUCGCCCCCAAGUGUGGCGGCUGCAACUCUCCCAUUAUGGAGAACUACAUCUCUGCCCUCAACGCCCAGUGGCACCCAGAGUGCUUCGUCUGCAGGGACUGCCGGCAGCCAUUCAAUGGAGGGUCAUUCUUCGAUCACGAGGGGAUGCCAUACUGCGAGACCCACUACCAUGCCAAGCGGGGUUCUCUCUGUGCAGGAUGCAGCAAGCCCAUCACUGGGCGGUGCAUCACAGCCAUGUUCAGGAAAUACCACCCAGAACACUUUGUGUGUUCUUUCUGCCUGAAGCAACUGAACAAAGGUACCUUCAAGGAACAAAACGACAAACCGUACUGUCACGGAUGCUUCGACAAGCUCUUUGGUUGAAGACAAGCAAUGUGAAGUUGGAGGCCUAUGUUGAGGUGGUGGAAUCAGAAUUUUAUUAUUACCAUUAUCAAUUGUUAAAGACAAGGAUUUCAAUGAUUACUGAAAAUAUAGGCAAAAGACAGUAUCAUAAUGGUAUAGCAAGGAAACAAUGUCAGUCUGACAUAGCCAGUUUAAUGAAGAGAAUAAAAAAUCGAAUAAAAGGAAAGCAGAGAAAAAUUUAUAUAUAUUCAAAGAGAAGAAAACAUAUCCCCCCACUGACUUUGAUUAUUUCUUUAUUUGUAGUAAAUAGAGGCAGUGAGGCUGGGGAUGUAUGUCACAGUAAUUUAGCAAUAGGCAAAGACAAGCAGUUUUAUCCAUUCUACUUAGUCUUUGUAAAAUAUCCAGCAUGUAGGACGUUCACCCUAGGCAUUCAUCCUUAUUGCAUAGACAAAUCUUAUUGCUCAUUACAGUAUCAAAAAUUUAUUGCUCGUGAAGUGUUGUGUGUUGGUUUUGUAUUUUCGUACUGUCAAGGGUUGAAAAUAUAUUUAGACUUUGCAGGAUUAGAAUUGGAGGUGGCUACCAUAUUACUUGAGGCAAGUACUGUAUUAUGGAUUUGUUAUAUUUAUCCAUGGUAUUGUACUGUAUAGUCAUUAAAAUUAAUUGAUGAAAUUAUAUAUGAUCACAAGAUUUUAAAAGUUGUGCAGUCUACAGUUAACAAGUUUUCAAACUGUUUAAGUAGGGAAUAUGAAUUCAACUCUUGAAGAAAACAUACAUAGCAUACUUGAGUUGUACAGCGAAAGAAUGGGCCAUAACAUCAGAUGUUAACUUGUUACAGAAAAAUCGAUAAGGGAUUCUGACUUAAAUUUUAAUGAUUAAAUUGGUCUUUAUGUUUAUGUUUCAAGUUGCAAUAAUUUUACAUUGACAGUUAAAGUGCAAAGUUAUGUUUUAUUUUAUUUCAUAUUUUAAAAAAUAGUAUUGGUCAAACAUGGAGUUUGAGUAUGUAUUACACUACAGUGCACACUUUCUGUUUCAAAUAUAUUCGCACAAAAUACAAAUGAUAUUGAUAUCACAGUACAGUGUAUAUAUUUUUAAGAUUAUGUUAGCAUGAAGAAAAAGGGAGGUUGACAAUGCUAACAUAAUUUAAAACCCAACAGGGCAGUAACCAAGAGGAAGGAUAUUUAAUGUAGACAAGUCAAAUAUAUGUCUUGAGUGCAAUAGGAAGUUCUUUUUGAGUAAUCAGUUUAACAUAGAAAUCGUGAUUACAGAUUUUUUAAGCUCUUCAGUGUGCUUUGAACUUUUAAUUCAUUAAAGCUUACUACUAUUUUAUUUUAAUAACUAUGGUUGAAAUACUGUAUACACUAUACUGUAUCUUCGUUACUAAUCCUCCGCGGCUCACUGUUCAUUGGUGACAGUUGUCAUGUAAUUGUGCUAGGCUCUCAUGGUCAUCUAAUAGAAUUUAAAUGCUGCUUCUCAACAUCAUCUCCAAUAAAAUCAUUCAUUGGUCCAGGUGUUAUCAAUGACCAUCAGUCAGAAUGUCACUGAAACCAAGUAGGACCUAUAAUAAAUGUUAUAGUGCUCAAAAUGUUGGUAAUACACAGGAGAAGAGUAUCUUAAAUUCUAACAGUAUGCUCCACAAAUUCUUCAGUACCAGGUCUUAUAAAACUAAGAUUAAUGCUACACUUAGCUGCAUGUUUGGAAGCAUAUACAGUUUACCAUAAGUCUCUCUUGUUACCAUUUGUCAGUGUUAAGAGUGUGUGGAGGAUCACAUUGAUUAUUGAAUUUUAUCUAUGGUCCCAGCUCACAUUUGUAUUGUCAAGAUUAUUUGUGCUGUUGUUGGCUGGAAUCUCUGUUUCUGAUGUUAAAAUAUGAUAAGUUUUAUUGUAUAUUAAUGUAUAUUAAUCUUAAUUGUGAUUACUGUAUUAUUAUUUUUUGAUGGGUAUAUUACUCAUGUCUGUCCUUCUGUGAAGUGAAAUUUAUUCAGAUACAUUACAAGUUUCAUGCUGGUCCUAUCAUUAGGUCGAGGUAUAUACGUACAGUACCUUCUCUAGGUUUGUUUUUGAUUAUUUUUAGAAUACAAGGGACAGUCAAAAAGUUUCAGUAGAAAACUAAAACAAUUAUCAGUGCAGUGUCCUUUGAAGUAAUUUCUCAAUUUGUCCUUUAAGCUUAUUUUGCCAGUCUUAGAUCAUAAUACUGAUUGCUGGUUAAACUAAGCUUCAGUUGCCUCUCUGAGCUCCUCCACAUCUUCAAAGUGGUGAUAACACAGAUGUGACUUCAGUUUUUGCAAUGGACAUUAAUUACUUGGGGCCAGACCUAACCCCAAGUGAGCUGCUCAAAACCACAGACAUAAAUCGCAGUUUAUGUAACAUGGGCCUUGUGGACUUGUAUACUGUACUAACUUACCGCAGAAGCACACAUCUGGUCACAAUUUCCCACCAUUAUUUCUUGAUGAUGUUGUACAGUGUUUUAUGUGGCUAGCUUAAUAGUAAACUGUGGUCACUGUUUUACACAGCAUUUAGUCUAUUGACAUAAUCCUUUUGGCAUCCUCAAAAAUUGAAACCAUGAUCUUGUCAACUCAGAUUGUGUUUGGAACUUUUUUGGGAAGAAGAGAAGUCUUGUGCUUCCAUUACGUGGAUUGAAACUUAGACAUGCGGUCCGAGAGAUAGAUCCAUGUCUCAUUCCCAAUAACCAGAUGGGAAAUAUUGUUGGCUGGAUUGGUUUCAUGCAGUUCAUCGGGUUACAACUUGAAAAUUCUCUGUGGUGUUCAAUCCAGAGCAUUUUUGCUUCAUGAUACCUUAUCUUAGACAUGCUGAAGUGCUCAUAAAUGGUGGUCACAGCACCCCUCUGUAAAAUUCCAAUAUCUGUGCUACUCUUAUUGACCAUUAUGUUCAUUUCAGGUAUCCCUUGAGAUAAGAAAAUUAUCUUAUACGAAUUUCCUAAAUUACCACCUUUUUCAUGUUACAAAAUCUUUUGCAAAUUUGGGUCCCGGCAAAAAUUCAAAUCGAAAGCCUCCGGGAGUCAGCUGGGGUGGUCACAUCCUCUUCGCACUCUCCCUACCAGGCUGCGGUAGGAGUUAUGGAUACUACUUUCAACUCAUAAUUUCUGGUGCAUAAACAACAACUUUUUUUUUCAUUCAAUUACAUGCAUACACAAUCCUACAAACAUAAAAUAUUAAUUAUAAGGUUAAAACAUGAAGGGGAUAAAUAUUUCUUCGUGCACCAGCGAGAGUUAGCAGGAUGAACUGAGAGGAAGUUAUGUUAUGAUUACUUUUCAACUCAUUUUUGGAUUGAUUGAUUGAUUGUGGUAAUUACAUCCCUGGCGAUGCAACAGUUUAGGCCAUAUGCCGCUGAAUUAAAUUAAAGCUUAGAAGGUAAAAAAAACUAAAAAGAUAAUAAAUAGCAUAAAACUUUCAUUAAGACAUUUAAAUGUUAUUAAAUAAAACUUAAAUCUUGUGUAGUAUACCAGCUUCCUCCACGAAGGAGAGGGUGUCCCCUUCCAUGCUACCUGCUCCCUCCUCCAGUACCAAAGAGAGAUGAUAAGACCCAUCUCCUCCCUGGUACCGGGAGAGGUGCUUAUGACAAAGAUCUCGUCAGACUGGGGCACUCCACCAGUAGGUGUCGAGUAGUCCCUGGGACCAGGCAGUCAUCACAGUGGGAAGGGGGCACCUUCCAUUAAAAACCAUGAGUCGGCUGCAUCUGGCCAAUGCGAAGGCAGGCCAAAGCAGUCUCCCAGCGGCGUGACAAUCUCUGAUAUCUCCAGGCACCCAAAGCAAAUUGGAUGCCGUGGAGCUUGUUUGCUCUGAUGGCGUCCCAUCUGCAUUGCCAACUCAAGUGGAUAGAUAAACUUAACUUUUUUUUUUUUUUUUACUCAUUUACACGCACACACAAUCCCCCAUACAUAAUGUGCAAAAAAAAAAUUAAAGGAAUGACUAUCAUAAGGUAAAAAACAUAAAGGGAAUAAACAUUUCUUUGUGUAUGAGAAUAAAGGAUGGAGUGUUGCUAAGAAUCAGCAGAGGUGGCUGGGCUGGUUGCUAUGACAACACUUGAUGGUGGCCACGGGUGAAGCAGCCAUAGUCUAUGCAAAUGGUGCCACUGACAGUUUUAUCUGCAUAUUUUCAUUUAGAUAUUAUUUUAUUAACGUUUUUAAUGUGUUAGGUACUAAAUUACAGUAGUUGUGUACUAUUUACCAUUAGUUUGGUAUGUUCUUCUUGUUUGUGGACCGAUGUUGUAUUUUGGGGGUGUUUUUAAUCAUUGGGGAAGUGAACCCUAUUUUUCCCAUAUGUUUUUCUAUUCGAGAUACAAAAAUUCACCUAAUGAAUGUUUUUGGGGGAACCUAACCCAUUUGUAUCUAGAGGGAUACCUGUACUGAUUUAUAUAAUUUUUGUCACUUAUCAGCUUACCAGCUGAUUGGGCAGUUGGUCUAACGAGUGUUAGUACAGGAGGAAACCAGGAACAAAGAAACCUGUGGUGUUUGGUAAGGUCACACUGGAUAACACCCUUCUCACAUGUAUCAGGGCUGAGGCUCGAACCCUUGACAUAUUGGUGAGAGUUAUGCGUGUUACCACUGUACCACCAACUCCCCAUAAUCAAAAUUUUUACCUGGGGCACAGUUGCCUUGUCACUGGCACAUGAAGAUAAUCCUGUUCUAUGGUCAUUCUGUGGCCCAUCUUGUUACUUGGACAUAUGAGGGGGCACCAUCACUGUAUACAUCCAACAUAUGUUGAUGGAAUCUGUCCUGUUGAAACCUGCCACAGUACACCUUCUGCUAAAUUUUUUGGCUGUCCCUUGUAUCAUUAAAAUGUGAUUGGCUAGAUAUUUUCUGCUUAAUAACCCAUCAGAUGUGUUCAUUAAUGCCCUUGUGCAUAAAGAACUACUUGGCUUUCUCAGUCAUUUUUACCAAUACUUUCAUUUUGGGAUUUUGCUCAGAUGUGAGACUAACUAUGGAGUCAUAAAUAGUAUAUGAAACUAACCAUAUAGUCUGAUUUUGUAUAAAAUCACUGAAUAGUGAGGCGCCACAAAUAAAAUUUUAUUAGUUCUCAGAAAAAUGACAAGACAGUUUUUUCUGCUCACAUUCGCCUUAAUUUAGGUAUUUCCAUAGUCAUCAUGUCUUUGUUGUUACAGUACUUGCUUUUAAUUGUAAAUGAUCUUUUCUUUAUUUAAUGCUUCUAAAUAAAUAUUUCAAAGUAUCUUGAAAGGCUGUUCAAGACUGGAAUUCCUUGGCCAUGUACUACCAAAUUGCAAGCUAUCUUAACACAUAAUAUUGAGAGAUGUCUGACAGUAGCAGUGUCAGUGUUAGUGAGAAAUAUUGGGCAAUUUAGACAGGCAAGGAGCUUACAGUGUGACAUGGAUAGUCUGUGAAACAGUUUUGUGAUUGUUAUGAAAUGUAGGUUACAAGAUUUAUUCUCUUGAAUGAAGACAAUCAUAUGUCAAACAUCUGGUCCAUAGUAAAAGCUCCAAUUGACAAGGAGAACUUGUUGAUAAGGGUGUGUUUUUUGUAAAACUCAUGUGUUAAUGACGCAUACUGAAUACAGUCUUAAAAGUAAAAGGUGCAAACUUCUUCAUAUGGUAACUUACCUGUGGUGUUUUUAAAUCCUACACUACAGUCACUAAUGCUAUGCCAUAUUCACUUAAUAUACUGUACUGUACUAUGUUAAUAAAGCAGUCUCUCAA